GGUAAAUCAACAGCACAGAAGCAACGCCAUGUUGAAACAAAACAAGAACUUGUGGAGUAAUUAAUAUUCAUAAAGCAGGCUUUUCGGCCGUCUCCUGAGCAACGUAGCAACAAAAUCAACAAACAAAAGUUCCCAGUUCGACGGGCAGCAACAAUUGAGAGCGUUUUCCAGCGAGCGUAACCCAGCCCCAAGUGAGUGUCCAGUGCAUUCCAAGAAGAGGUGAAAAAAAAAAGUUGCAAAAUACAUAAUCGAGUCGUUUUCUCGUAAUUGCGAUACUACAAAUAACAUGUGGAGCAUAAAAAUGUCAGUGUGAUUAAUUCGUGCAUAAUAAAUAAUCUAUUCCAUUUCUUGGGCUUGUCCCCAAAUGAAGUUGUGCAGUUGUGAGAGGGUAAAUCAGGGUUUAUGGGGAAUGAGACUACAGCCAGAGACAUGGAGACUGAGUCUGUGAAGUCUGAGAACAGCUCAAGGUCCCGCAGAUCCAGGGGCCACAGGGACAGAAACAAUUACAGGCAGCAUUCUCACAGGAGCACCAGGAGCGGCAAAUCUCGCAACAAGAACGAGGACAGUAUGGCACCGUUUCAGACGGCGGUCACUAUUACGCCAGAUAAUAGGGAUGGCCAGGAGGUGAUUGAGGUGCAAAUACUGCCGCAGGACGAUAAUUGGGGAGAGAACACCACGGCGAUAACCGGGAACACAUCGGAGCAGUCAGAGUCUACGGAAGAUGUAAGCAAUUGGCCUGGGGAGCCUGACACUGGCUUGAGUUUCAUAUGCCAGAGGUAUUUUGGAACGAUCUUAACUUAUAUAAUAUCAAUCGCCGCGUUUCUGAGCCCCAUAGCAAUGGUGGUGUUGCCGAAAAUUGGUUUCUUUCCAGCAUUGUCGAACAAUGUUGGGAUACAGAACAACGGGAAGCUUCUGCUCUGCGGCGCCGAAUGCAAAGGAUUGCUCGUUUCGUUAGCGUUUAAAUUGGUUAUUUUGGCUGCUGGCGCUUGGGCCGUCUUCCUCAGGAAGCCGAACGCUACGUUGCCUGGAGUGUUCUUGUUUAGAGCCACGGUUCUAGCUUUAACUUUGAUCUGCACAUUCGCGAAUUGGCUGUUCUACAUCGUACAAGUGACUGAGAAUGCGAGGGCUGCGAUCACCCCGGAGGAAUACGUGGAUUACAAGGCUUUGGUAGCUUACGCUUCCAGUUUAACGGACACUUUAUUAUUCAUACACUACUUAUCCGUUGUUCUCAUGGAGAUCAGGCACCAGAAGCCGGCGUAUUACAUCAAGAUAAUCAGGAGUCCGGACGGAGCUUCACAAGCUUUUUCCAUCGGACAGCUGAGUAUACAGAGGGCGGCUGUUUGGGUUCUCGAGAAAUAUUACACUGAAUUCCCGAUUUACAAUCCUUACUUGGAGAGGAUUCCGGUUUCGAAGAGCUCGAGAAAGGCUUCCAGCAGUUUCAAGUUCUACGAGGUGGACGGGGUGAAUAACAGCGGAAUGCAACAAUCUAAUUCUAGAGCUAUGUUAGCUGCGCACGCUAGAAGAAGGGAUUCGAGCCACAACGAAAGGUUCUACGAAGAACACGAGUACGAGAGGAGGGUGAAGAAGCGCAGAGCUAGACUGAUCACAGCCGCUGAAGAGGCUUUCACGCAUAUAAAAAGACUGCACAACGACCAAGUGCCUGCUAUUCCAAUGGAUCCUCAUGAGGCUGCGCAAGCCAUAUUCCCGUCGAUGGCGAGGGCUUUGCAGAAGUAUCUGAGAGUGACCAGACAACAGCCCAGGCAUUCAGUUGAUAGUAUAUUAACGCACUUAGCCAAUUGCUUGAGUCACGAUCUAACGCCGAGAGCGUUUCUGGAACCGUACUUGAUCACUGACCCGGUUCUUCAGAACGAUAAAGAGCAGAAGAACGUUCAAACUUGGGCGUUGAUCUGUGAAGAGCUGCUGUCGCGACCGAUCGGUGACAACGUUUGCUUCCAACUGAGACAGAACGACGUCUCGCUGCUCUGCACAAUUAAGAAACUGCCGCACUUCAACAUCACCGAGGAGGUGGUGGAUCCGAAGAGCAAUAAGUUCGUUCUAAGACUCAACUCUGAAACCUCAGUAUGACCAAUAGUCGUCUACGACAGAUUGAUUUGAAAUUUGAUUUUUUGAAGCAUAUCAUACUUUCUCGCUCUAAUUUAAGUACUUAAUUCAUUGUGAUAUAACGAUUAUUUUAAUUGGAUUUUCGGCCCGACGAUGAUGACGAUGAACAAGGAGAAGGAAAACAGCAAACUGGUAACAAAAUAUAUACAAACAAAUAAUACUCGUACUCGCUCAAAUUUUAUUUUUCUUAUUUAUUUAUACUUAAGCUCUACUGUUACGCCAGAUUUACAUAAGAUCUAUAUUUAUUUUACGUAAUGUAUGUUACGAGAAGACAAAGCCUCAAGUGCAAUUUUAAUUUCCGUUUUAGUUUUUACUUAUGAUUUAAGCUAUGGAUUUAGUAUUACUUUAUUUUUUUUUAAUUGUUUCACGAGGAGGAAUCGUUGCAAAAUGAAGGAAGAAGGGAUAUGACGACUUUUGCUAUUUGGAUGUGCAAAGUCAAUCAACGUUUGGAUCUGAAAAUUAAUAUAUAUGUAUCCCAUGUAAAAAAUAUACAAGAAAUAUAUUUGAUAUACUGCGAUUUAUUGAUAAAAUAUUAAACAAAUAUAAUGAAAAAACGAUGUAAUAAGUGUGGCUUGGCAAAAUGUAAUUUUUCUAAAAUUAAUUUAAAAAAAAGAAGAAGAGAACGGCAAGGUUUUAAUGACAGUAUUCUAAAAUUUAAGCAUUUACAAGGAAUGUUUUCGAUUGUCUUAUUUAUUUUAUUUAAUAAGUUUUUUUUUAAUUAUAUUUAUAUAUAUACAC